UUUGCGGCCGCCGCGCCCUCGGCCCUCCUCCCCGCCUCCUCUCCUCCCUCCCUCUCCUCCCGCGGUUGGAUCAGUCUUCCGGCAUUUCCUGCAGCCGGGCCGCGCCGCCAGCUGAGCCCCCGCGCGCGCUCGGCCCGGCCCGGCCCGGCCCGGCCCAGCGCGCCCAGCUUCUCACGAAGCCCCCCAGCGCCCACGCCAUGAAGGAGGAGGCCUUUCUGCGACGACGCUUCUCACUGUGUCCUCCCUCCUCCACCCCUCAGAAAGUCGACCCCCGGAAACUCAGCCGCAACCUGCUCUUGGGUGGAGAGAAUGAGCUCGACCCUCUGGGUCCAGGGAAGGACAUGGAGCCCAACAGCCCAUCACCGCCCAGGGAUGAAGGGCCCCCGACCCCAGGCUCUGCCACGAAGGUGCCACUGCAACUUGAGUCUCUCUUGCAGGCGGAAUACAGGCUGUGCAAUGGGUCCGACAGGGAAUGUGUGUCCCCGACAGCCAAGGUCACCAAGAAGGAAGCUCUCAAGACGGUGGAGGCCCCCACUAGUAGAAGGCCCCCGGGGAGGGCCAGCCCAGGGCCUUGUCCCCUGACCCACCUGCGGGUGCCCUGGGCCCAGGCACAGAAGGAGAGCUACCGCCAGGAGAAGAAGCGCGCCACCAAGCAGCUGCUCAGCGCCCUGACCGACCCCAGCGUGGUCAUCAUGGCCGACAGCCUGAAGAUCCGUGGGACCCUGAAGAGUUGGACCAAACUGUGGUGCGUGCUGAAGCCGGGAGUGCUGCUCAUCUACAAGACGCCCAAGGUGGGCCAGUGGGUGGGCACGGUCCUGCUGCACUGCUGCGAGCUCAUUGAGAGGCCCUCUAAGAAGGACGGCUUCUGCUUCAAGCUCUUCCACCCACUGGACCAGUCCGUCUGGGCCGUGAAGGGCCCCAAAGGUGAGAGCGUGGGCUCCAUCACACAGCCCCUCCCCAGCAGCUACCUGAUCUUCAGGGCCGCCUCCGAGUCGGACGGCCGCUGCUGGCUGGACGCCCUGGAGCUGGCACUGCGCUGCUCCAGCCUCCUGCGACUCAGUGCAUGCAGGCAGGGCCGCGACGGGGAGCCCGGGUCCUCGCCAGACGCAUCACCCUCCUCGCUCUGCGGGCUGCCCCCCUCGGCCGCCAUCCACGACCAGGACCUGUUCCCACUGAACGGGUCCUCCCUGGAGAACGAUGCUUUCUCAGACAAGUCAGAGAGAGAGAACGCUGAGGACUCGGAUAAGGAGACCCAGGACCACAGGCGGAAAGCCGAGAGCGGGAGUGACCCGUCGGAGGCCCCGGGGCGCCCCGUGUGCAGAGGGACCACGUACGUGGUGCAGGAGCACGAGGAGAUGGGGGAGCUGGGCGAGGCAUCGCAGGUAGAGACGGUGUCUGACGAGCACAAGAGUCUGAUGUGGGUCCUGCUGAAGCAGCUGCGGCCGGGCAUGGACCUGUCCCGCGUGGUGCUGCCCACCUUUGUCCUGGAGCCCCGCUCCUUCCUCAACAAGCUCUCCGACUACUACUACCAUGCCGACCUGCUCUCCAGGGCAGCACUGGAGGAGGACGCCUACAGCCGGAUCAAGCUCGUGCUGCAAUGGUACCUGUCCGGCUUCUACAAGAAGCCCAAGGGGAUCAAGAAGCCCUACAACCCCAUUCUGGGGGAGACCUUCCGCUGCUGCUGGUACCACCCCCAGAACCACAGCCACACCUUCUACAUCGCUGAGCAGGUGUCCCACCACCCACCCGUGUCCGCCUUCCACGUCAGCAACCGAAAGGACGGCUUCUGCAUCAGUGGCAGCAUCACAGCCAAGUCCCGGUUCUACGGGAACUCACUGUCAGCUCUGCUGGACGGCAAGGCCACCCUCACCUUCCUGAACCGGGUGGAGGAUUACACCCUUACCAUGCCCUACGCCCACUGCAAAGGCAUUCUCUACGGCACCAUGACCAUGGAGCUGGGCGGGAGAGUGACCGUCGAGUGCGAAAAGAACAACUUCCAGGCUGAGCUGGAAUUCAAGCUCAAGCCCUUCUUCGGGGGCAGCACGAGCAUUAACCAGAUAUCCGGGAAGAUCACGUCGGGCGAGGAGGUCCUGGCACGGCUCACGGGACACUGGGACAGGGAAGUGUUCAUCAAGGAGGAGGGCAGAGGAGGCGCCGAGCUCUUCUGGAACCCGAGCGAGGAGGUCCGCGGGCAGCGGCUGAAGCGGCACACGGUGCCUUUGGAGGAGCAGAGAGAGCUGGAGUCGGAGAGGCUCUGGCAGCACGUCACCAGGGCCAUCAGCGAGGGUGACCAGCACAAAGCCACACAGGAGAAGUUUGCCCUGGAGGAGGCACAGCGGCAGCAGGCCCGAGAGCGCCAGCAGAACCUGGUGCCGUGGACACCGCAGCUGUUCCACCUGGACCCCGCCACCCAGGAGUGGCGCUACCGAUACGAGGACCACAGCCCCUGGGACCCCCUGAAGGACAUUGCCCAGUUUGAGCAAGACGGGGUCCUACACACCCUGCGGCGGGAGACCAUGGCCCACCAGACCACCUGCCUGGGCAGCCCGGGGCCCAGGCACCAGGGGUCUGGCCCCGACCGGCGGCUCCGCAAGGCCAGCGACCAGCCGUCUGGCCACAGCCAGGCCACCGAGAGCAGUGGCUCUACGCCCGAGUCCUGCCCAGAGCUCUCUGACGAGGAGGAGGACCGUGACUUCGCUCCCGGCUGCGAGAGCCCGUGCCCUCGGUGUGGGAAGGAGGCAUGGCGGCUGCAGUUGCUGCACGAGGGGAUCCUGUCCAUCCGGGAGGCCCAGCAGGAGCUACAUAGGCAUCUCUCGGCCGUGCUGAGCUCCACGGCACAGGCCAGGCAGGCACCGGCCCCGGGCCUCUUGCACAGUCCCCGCUCUUGGUUCCUGCUCUGCGUGUUCCUGGCAUGUCAGCUGCUCAUUAACUACAUCCUCAAAUAAGAGCCCUUUGGGGACGGCGUGGGCAUCGCCUCCAGAACUCGGGCGGCCCCAGCCUCCCUCCCAGGCACCUAGCACUUUAAGCCAGCCCUGUGGAGGCAGAGACUCAGCGAGCACGGCCUCUGUGGACAGAGGGGCCCAUGGCGGCACAACAGCAGGAGGGGCCUGGGGGGUCACACGGGGUCCUCCCGGGGAGGCGCCGGCCUUAAUGCUGAAGCCAAAUGCCACAUUCGUGGGGCACUGCACUCCCUGGUGACCUCGUCCCAUCAUCCCCGGUCAGCCUCAGGGGAUUGAUGGCGGAGGGGCAGGAGGGCCUGCAGGGCUCUAGAUGUUGUUCCCCAGCAGGGGUGAGUGGGGGGCUUUGAGGAGCAAGCCAGGACCCCAGGUCCUCCUUGGGCCUAGCACACAGGCCAUCCCUUCCUGAGACCCUACCCACAUUGCCCUGGAGGGGCCACAGGUGGGCAGGGGGCGCCAGCUGGGCUGCUCUGGAGAGGGCGCUUGGGGCUUUAUUCUGCCUUUAUGCUGUCUGGACCGAGCCCAGUUCAUAUACCUACAGGACCCGCCCCACCUCCCUCAGCCAGGACGUGCCAAGCUGGGGCGGGCACACGUGAGCACGGUGUGCCUGGGGGCAGCGUCGCUCGCCCCGAGCCUGAGUUGGACACUUUGCUCAGACCGAUGCACGGUCUUCCCCUCCCACACGUUUUUAAUAAACGCAAUCGCAAUAUUUUAGGCAGGCUGCGAACAGCGCCUGGCGUCUGGCCUCCAUUCCUGUGUCAAACGCCUGUGUGUGUGUGUCUGUGUGUGUGUGUGUGUGUGUGUGUGAGCAUCUGCACAUAUAGAUACACACGGAGCCUUAAACUAUGUUGUGGCAGUGUCAUCUGAGCUGAUUGUCCAGUUUAUGUACCCAUGUUCUUACCCUCCCCCAGUUUGGGGACAUGUCUUUGCUCCAUCCCUCGAAAUAAACAGACACACAUAUUGUGUGUGUUGUCUUCUUGGGGAACUUCUGGAAACUGGCGGGGGUGGGGUGUCUUUCAGGGGAGAAACUCAACGCCAGCAGAAGCUGUCUGGGGCUGGAGGGGCCCAGGGAAGGGUCCGAGGCCCUGAGGAUGGAGGGAGGAGGUCCGUGGAGGAUGGGGGUGUAGUUUGCAGGGAGCAGUUAGAAGCAGCCCUCCCUGCUGAGCCAGCGCCAGGAAGCUGAGGUCCUGUCAAACAGCCGCUGAGCCAGCUGAGGACACGGGAGGGGC